CUAGUGGUUGUUUAAAUAUAUUUAUCUCACAAGGGACCAAAAUCACAGGUAAUGAACCAAAUCAAGCAAAUCCACGCGCACACACUCCGCAACAACAUCGACCAAUCUCACUUCCUCAUCACUAGACUUCUCCAACUCCCCAACCUUCUCUACGCCCACUCCCUCCUUCUCCACUCUUCCCCUUCAUCAUCCCCUUCCUCCAUCUCCCCUCUCUUCAACACUCUCCUCCACUCCUACUCCUCCCAUGGCCCCUUCCACCAUUGUCUCUCCCUUUUCAACUCUCUCCUCCUCCUCCUUCACCCUUCUCCCCCCUCUUUCACAUCCCUUCUCUCCGCCUGCGCCUCCUUCAACCAACCUUUCCACGGCCGAGCUCUCCACGCACUGCUCCUCAAGUUUCGGCUUCAUCUUCGAUCCCUUUGUCUCCACUUCACUCCUCACCAUGUACUCAAAAUGCGGCCUUGUGGACUCUGCACGCAAGGUGUUCGACGAAAUGCCUCACAGAGAUGUUGCUUCUUGGAACUCAUUACUCGAUGGCUACGCCAAGUCUGGAGACCUUGUGCAUGCUAAGGAGCUGUUUGAUGCUAUGCCUGUGAGAAAUGUGAUAUCUUGGACUUCUAUGGUUGCUGGGUUUUGCCAGAAUGGACGCUAUGAGGAUGCCUUGCAGGUGUUUGUGAAAAUGUGGGAGGAUUGUGAGGUGAGGCCGAAUGAGGUGACGCUUGCUAGUGUGUUGCCGGCUUGCGCAAACCUCGGAAGUUUGGAGCUUGGUGAGAGGAUUGAGAAGUAUGCGAGGGAGAAUGGAUUUGUGAGGAAUUUGUUUGUGGCUAAUGCUUUGGUCGAGAUGUUUGCAAAGUGUGGGGAUAUUAGGAAUGCGUGGCGCGUGUUUGAAGAGAUUGGUGAUCGGAGGAACUUGUGUUCUUGGAACUCAAUGAUCAUGGGGCUUGCAGUGCAUGGGAGUUGGAAGGAUGCUCUUGAACUUUUCCAUGAAAUGAAGGCAAGAAGAAUCACGGCUGACGAUAUCACAUUCGUCGGAGUUCUCAUGGCAUGCACUCAUGGAGGAUUAGUAGAGCAGGGACGUACUUAUUUUCGAUCAAUGGAAGAGAAAUUUCAAAUCUCUCCAAAACUAGAGCAUUAUGGUUGCAUGGUAGAUCUUUUGGGGCGUGCCGGAUGUUUGAGAGAGGCUUAUGAUCUCAUUAAAAGUAUGCCAAUGAAGCCGGAUUCAGUGAUAUGGGGAGCUCUACUUGGAGCUUGCAGCUUCCAUGGUGAGGUCGGUCUGGCCGAGAUUGCUGCAGAGUUUCUCAGUGAGCUUGAGCCAUGGAAUGCAGGGAACCAUGUUAUUCUUUCCAACAUAUAUGCUUCUUCAGGAAAGUGGGAUGGGGUUGCUAAAGAGUGGAAGUUGAUGAAAUGGAAAAAAUACAGAAAGAUGGCAGGGCAUAGUUUCAUUGAAGUUGGUGGAAAGAUGGAGAAAUUUCUGGUGGAGGAUAAAUCUCAUCCUAGAGUUGAAGAAAUAUAUGCAAUGUUGAAUGAAGUCACAUUGGCUAUGAAGCUUUUGCAGUAUUUUCCUGAUUUGGAUUACCAUUUUGGAAUGGCUAUGAUUAGAUCCUCAUUGUACCUGGUUCUUGCUAUAUGUUGUGAAUUUAUAGUCUUUUUUUUGUUUCAAGAUGAGCAGUCUAGCAGCUAAGGCCUCGGUGGAGCAAGUGAGAGUAGGGGCUGUGUAUAUAUGGAUGUUGGGAUCAUCCGUACACAAUUACUACUCACAUUUCAAAAAAUGUGUGCUCACUCGUGAUUUGAACCCUCACAACUUGUGAAAGGUUCUAAUGAAGAUUCAGCUACCAAUAGACCAUUUGGUUGUUGGUAUAUUAUAGCUUUACAAGGUAAGAUACUCUUGUGGAAGUAUUUAUAGAAGCAAUUUUGAAGAAAUGACCUUGUUAUUAUUCAUGAUGGGGCUGUGACAAAUAUGGUAUAUGAGAUAUAAAUUUGUUAUUUAUUAGAUGUUAA